CAAGCAUACACAUGGGAAGCGUCGUAUACGCGUUCUUGGGACACCGUUCAAGAAGACGAAGCUGGCAGUUUACAAUCUUCUAUUGAGGAGCUGAUGGCAAGGGGGAGGCGGCGACGGUACCUCCUUGCCCCAGCUGCUGCCAUACGACGUACGAUUAUUCGACAUCUGGUGUUGCUCCUCGACUUGUCAGCGUCGAUGAUGGACAGAGACAUGAGACCGACACGAUUCGACCUCAUGCUCCAAUAUGCGCGAGAGUUUAUAGCGGAAUGGUUUGAUCAGAAUCCUCUGGGGCAGAUUGGCGUGGUUGGUAUGAGGGCUGGCAUUGGAGAACGAAUCGGAGAAAUGUCAGGAAAUCCACAAGACGUACUGAAAUAUAUUGCUGAACGACACAAACUUGAGCCGACUGGAGAACCUAGUCUCCAAAAUGCAAUUGAAAUGGCCAGAAGCAGUAUGAAUCACCUUCCAACCCACUCAUCUCGUGAAAUAUUAAUCAUAUUUGGGUCGUUGACCACAUGCGAUCCCGGAAACAUUCACGAUACAAUUGACACAUGUGUAAAGAACAAAAUCCGCAUCUCCGUCGUCGCUCUGGCCGCAGAGAUGAAAGUCUGCCGGGAGCUCUGUAACAAAACAGGCGGUCAGUUUGGGGUGGCUAUGAAUGAAGGACACUUCAAAGAUCUUUUAUUCGAGCUCAUCCCACCUCCUGCACAACAUGCAACGUCUCGUGUUGCCGGGGCAGGCACUGGAUCUUCCAAUCCCGCCGCCGACCUCAUGAUGAUGGGAUUCCCCACCCGCCUCCCGGACGCGACCGCUCCAACGUUGUGUGUAUGCCAUUCCGAACUUAAAAGCGAAGGCUUCCUUUGCCCACGAUGUCUAUCCAAAGUCUGUGAUGUUCCUACGGAUUGUGAUAUCUGUGGUUUGAUGAUUGUGAGCUCUCCACAUCUUGCGAGAAGCUACCACCAUCUUUUCCCGGUCAAGCCUUACGAUGCCCUUCCUUAUGGCGAUGUGACCGAUCCAUCGAGCUCAUGUCAUGCAUGCUCGCGUCCGUUCCCAACGGCAGUCUCAGCCUCAGCAACUGAAGGCGUAAGCCCUGUGGGUCGAUAUAAGUGUCCAGAGUGCCAUCAUGAUUUUUGCGCGGACUGUGACGUCUUUGUCCACGAUGUCAUUCACUGUUGUCCUGGUUGCGGUAACUAG